AUGAAAGAAAUAUACGAAAAUUUAGUUUUGUUGGAAAUAAAGUUCGCCGAAAUAUUAAUGAUAAUGGAGGAAGAUUGGAACGAUUGCAACAAUAGCGACAUUAAUAUGCGCGAAACAAGGUGCAAGGCAAAAUUGGCAGGUCGUAUUACUAAUGCAAUGUUCACACUUCACACAUUAACCAUCGUUGGAUAUAGCAUCGGCGUUUUUUUGGCCGAUGUCGACAUCGACGAUCAUCAGUCUGAAUUACCUCUCCUUAAGGUGGUUCUUCCUAUCGACAUAAAUACGAAGCAAAGGUAUAAAACACUGCUAUAUGUACAAUUUGUCCAUCUCAUCCUGUCCGGCUGUGGGACUGGUUUACUGAACGCUCUGCUUUUAACUUUGAUUCUACACUUAGGCGGCCAAAUGGACAUCCUGCGCUGCUGGUUGACCAAGUUAGUAAUCAAGAAUAACGAAGAGGGAGGCGAAUUGGGUGUCACGACGAAUGAAAUUAUUCGAAAGCAUCAGAAAGUCAUCAAAUUCGCGGAAUACAUCGAGAAUAUGUACACGUACAUCGCACUGUUGCAAUUCACUUUAAAUACGGUGCUUAUUUGCUCAUUGGCGUUCCUCAUUGUAACAGCGAUUGGCAGCCCCGACGCGGUCGAGCUAAUAAUGAGAACUCUUUUAUUUUACACCGUGACAAAUCUCGAAGCGUUCAUAUUUUGCUAUGCAGGAGAAUAUCUGAAAAAUAAGAGCAGAGCUAUUGGAAAUGCAGCGUAUUAUUCUGCAUGGUAUGAAAUGAAACCUGAAAAUAGUCGUAAUUUGAUAUUUAUCAUAUUAAGAGCGCAGAAACAAUUGACGCUUACAGUCGGAAAAAUUAUGGAUCUCUCUUUAGAAUCGUUUACAGACGUAAGAUUUAUACGUAGAAAAAUUAUGGACAAUAAUACAUAA